CUUUUGACAGGGAAGUGGGGCCUUGUCAGUGUCAAAUUGGCGCCCAGACCCACUCUUCAAGCUAGUGCUCUUAGCGCAGAACCGACGAGCACCAGCACCGAUCAACAACACAUCAGCGGUGGCUGGGAGAAAACCAUUAUCCAACCUCUCUCUUAAUAUCAAUCCAAGUAUUCCGACCUCCUCCACCUCCACCUCCCGUCCACACCACAACACACCGAUUGCUUCCCUACAACACUCAACACUACACAUCUGACACUCGUAUCGUUUGUCUUGCUUCUUUGCUCUUCUGCUCCUCUCUCCAUCUGAUCGCAAUUGUCUGCAAACCGACUCAAAUCCUCAAACCGACCUCCACUACUCUUGACUCCAGCAGUUCAAAGUCAGCCAGCGCUCCCUCCCUUUGUCUGCAAUUUCCACCCAGCAACCAGAAAGGUCCUUGUCGUCAAUUCACUUGCUUACGACGCAACGAGACAAUCAAAACAGAUUCACGCGCACUGGUGCAGUUGCACCCGCACCCCUUCAACCACUCUCCCCCCUCUGGCUAAGGGAGACAAUACUCACCAUGGCCACCCUCCACCACGCCCACACCCCUCCACCCUCCUCAGCCAUCCGCACUCCAUCAACACCGCGCUUUGGAACUUUCGCAGACGACUACCAACCUUACUCUCCUCGAAAGUCAAGUCGCGUUGCGCAACGUUCUCGAGCAAGUACCCCACCCCCUCGAGAGGUCACAAAGCAUGAUCUGAGAUCCAGCCCAAAGUCCAAGAAGAAGUCGUCCUCAGCUUCAGCUUCGCGAAUGCUUGACACCCCAGCCCCCCCCCACGCGACCCCAAAGAAGCGAACCUCGAGAGCUUUGCCUGAGUCCGGCGCACGACGAGUACCAGGAGCCCUCGAAUUCCCAUCCAUGAGCUCCGCCACAUCAUCCCUUGGACUUCCUACACCCACCACCAGAGCGGACAAGAUGGACAUCCCCCGACCCAACGGAGGUUCGCGCAACAAUGGCAUGCUACCUACGCCUGCAAAGACUCCAUCGCGACGCCCCGAUGCGAAAAACCCUGCCUUCUCAGGAAUCUCCCGCAGUCUCUUCACCUCCCGCACCGACGUCCUAGACGAUGUUAUGCCAUCCCCGCGAAAGAAGAACGGUCGUCGAGGAAACGCUGGUUUUACGCUGGACAGCUUUGAUGAUGCCGAGGGUUCUAUCCUAAUUUACACCGACUCCACUGAUCGCGUCCCGGAGGCUGAUCACAGUCUUGACAAUCCUUUCUAUGGUGAAGGUGCCGCCAGCCCAGCCCAGCCAGUCCGACGCACCAGCAAGCGCAGAAAGGUCAUUAUUCCUGGUGAAGGCGAACAAGAUAUUGAUGAUGUCAAGGACCGCGAGGAUGGAAUGGCUUAUAUCUUGUAAGUUUGAAAACGCACCUGACUAUACCCUCGCUAAUCUCAAUAUAUAGUCGAGGCAAGAAGUUCUGGCGCAGUCACGAGAAGAACGAUGCCAUGGUAAAUGAGUCAGACGACGAAGAUGGACCUGAUCUUGUUGGAGACCUUGAUAUUGAGCACCUUGGUCCAAUGACUCGUUCAUCUAUCAAGCCCCGUCUUUUGUACCCUACCGACAAGCAAAUCGAGGCUCGAAAGCAAAGAAUUCAAGUUGUUGAAGAAGAAGAGGCCGAUACCGACAUUGAGGAACCAGCCAAGACCAUUACUCGCAGUCCUAAGAAAUCUCUCAGAUUCAGCAUGAACGAAACACCAGCUGGUCAACUCGUCGAGGAGGUUUCCACGCCCAAGGCUCCAAGAUUUGCUGCUUCUGCCCUUACUCCACCAACCACUGCACGUACUACCAGAUCCAAGAAGAUGGACGUUUCCCGUGAUAUGAGAAGUACUCCAGAGCCAGACGCCAGCAGCGAGGAAGACGGCCCAAAGACUCCAGUCCGCGCGACACGCAGCACCAGAAGUACCCCAAGUCCUUUCAAAGCUUGGCAACAACUCGAGACCGACGAGACCAAGGCCACCAAGAAGCGAGGAGGUGAUUCGAUGGCUCGACCAAUUGCUGCUAAACGACCACGUCACUAA